UCCGCUGGCCGCAUCAUCUCCUCCCGCAGAGCCGAGUGGAGCAGCAGCAGAGUCUCUCCCCUCCAGCUCCAAUCUUUAUGUCUGUGAGUGCUGCUCAGCGUCAGCGGGGAUAUUUUACCGAUGCUCUUCACCUAAUGUGACACAUUUUAUUCAACUGCUUGAAACACCGGCUGAAGCAAUGGGAGCCUUUGGAGGGAUUUUACAGUACGUGGGACUUUAUUUUCAACUUAACGCAGCUCUCAACGUCGGACACGGCGAGGUGGAUAAUCAUGUCUCUGGAAAUGCUCUCUUUACAGAGGUGCCACACGACAUCACAACGCAGAGCAGUGAGGAUGUAGAGAUGGCUUGUUCCUUCCGUGGGGCAGGGUCUCCCUCCUACUCCCUGGAGAUCCAGUGGUGGUACAUCAAGGACCACAGAGACUGGCAAGAGAAGCCUGCCCAGAUCACUAAUAAUGUUGUACCCCUGGAGGAAACUUCCAAAGAUGCUACCAAAAUUAGUGUGGUAAAAGUGGCCGGCAGCAACAUCUCCCACAAGCUCCGUCUCUCCAGUGUCAAACCGUCAGACCAGGGCACGUAUGAGUGUCGUGUCAUUGACUUCAGUGGCGCUGUGGCGCAGCAACACCGCGUUCGCGCCUACCUCCAGGUGGUGCCUCAGAGGAGUCAGGGGUCGGAUGGUGUCAAGCUGCAGGAGCCAAGGCAGCGGUCACAGGGGAACCACCAGCACCCCCAGCACCAGACAGAGGGCAGGGAACUGAAGAGGAGAUCAGCUGCCAGCACUGCUGACUGUAAUGAGAGCUGUAUGCUUUAGAGUGGGCAGUCUGCCUGUCUGUCUGCAUGUUUAUGACUUAUCGCUAAAGAGGGACUGUCAUCAACACAUGUUACCACAGAGUCGAGGCCUCAGACUUCACUGGACCCCUUUGUGUUUCACAGUUUGUUUGUCUAUCUUUAAUAUUGUUGUUUGGAUGCCGAUGCUGUUUAAUGCCAAUAAAGGGCAUGGUUUUAUUGACUUUACAUAUGAUUGUGUUCUUUUUGUUGCUUUGUUAUUUGUCUCUGUGCUUUUUCCUAGUAGUACAUUAGGUUUAUGUUUAUCUGACAGUAAGGCUGUAAUUACAGAGAGAACCUUUAUUUUAUUUUGUCUGAGCAGGACUCUUUCAUUGGCCGAGCACCCUGAACUUCUCCUCACAAAGUUACUGUACAUGGCAGUGGAGAGUCCAAAUUAUCAUAUAUGGAUAUUGUGAUAAAUAUUAAAUAGGUGAUACGGAGACAGAACAGACCAUUUACUUUGCAACGUGCCAGUUCUACUGUCUUUUACCAAAAGCUGCAGAAUUUCAGUGUAAAUGCUUUCUAAGGAACAAGAAAUAAAUUAAGCUUUUUCAUUUAUCCGAGAACUUUAUAAAGUGAAUUGAUUUAAUCUUUGUUUAAACAAUAUAUGUAUUUAGCUUUCUAAACCAUGACUAGAAUGUUUGUCAAAAUGAAAAUGUAUGCCUUCAUCACAUCAAAAUUAGUAUAUAUAUAAUUAUAUAUAUUAUGUCUAUUCACACUUAGCACUGUAGACUUUUACUCUUGUCAUUAAAAUAAAGUUUACUCUGUGCUACUUAAUGACUCAAGAACACAGCUAGGAUGUUAAUCGCUCUAAAUUUUAUCAUAAUUUUCUCAACCACAAUAUAACUUUUUGUCUAAACUUUUAUGGAGUUUGUGGUCUGAAUCACAUCCUCCUCUUGACUGUGUUUGUUCUAAGUGCUGCUGUUCUGUUAAAAUACAUUCAUUUGAAAUGUCUUUGGUCUUUUUUUCAGUGAUUCCGGUAUACAGUGUUGUACUUUAUUAAUAUUUUACUAUACAUGUUAGUGAGAGUGUGGGUAAGCCAUGUCCUCUGUAAAGGAAAUCUGUGGUUUGGUGGCACAAACCAACUGGUUUGUAGAUCCGUAUGUGUCCUUCAUUUGAACUGUGUGGUAAAAUCCCAUUUUAUGGUGUUUAACCUAAUACAUGUUGUGAAUGGGCAGACAUGACCUUUUAUCUACUAUAGGAUGGUAAAAGGUUAGGUAACUUAGUUUUCUGUAAUUUAGUAUUUCUUUUUUCACUCCACUACACAUCCUGUUUAAAAUGAUAUUAUAGCUGUGUGUUGCAGACAGCUAUACUGUGCCACACAAACAACGCCUUCUACAGAACCUCUCCAGCUUUGUUUUAAUCACUUGCAGUUACUGUUUGUGGCCAGAAGAGAGCAGCACUUUCUCUAACUUUAGGAAAACUAAUCACACAUGCAUACUUAUACCCACACACAAGCCUGUAUUGAUAGAAGGAAUUUAUUUUUUAUGAAAAGUUGGUGAUUUUUUUUAGGCCACACGGAGUAGCACUGCAGCUUGCCAUGAACGUGAACGACAAAGAUGUGGUGUGUGUUCUGGAUACAGGGAGAGAAGAAGUAAACUUCAUGAAUGAAACAACUUCAUAAACACUGCAGCAGAUGCCUCAUCACCUUUGCUGUAGGUAUAAUGUGCAAAAUGUAGAUUAUUUCACUAAGUGCAAAAUAAAAAAUGUACACAUUGCAUUUGUGCUCUCAGAACACAUUUUGUCCAACAAGGUCAAAGUUUGUGUGAAGAAGACAGUCUGACUGGUUGAAACAUCACAAAAUAAUGAAACAACUCUUUUAAUUGUAAAGUAUAAAAAUAUUACAUAGUAUUUGAGAUACUAAUCAUCGCUUAAUAUCACAGUACAUAAUGCUGUUAAAGGUUUUGCGUACACAGAUGUGAUUAGCCUUAAUGAGUACUAAGCGUUCACAUUUAAAUAUCUACGGCUCUGAAUAAAAACAGAUAUACAUGAUGCAAUUAGGAAUAAACAGUGAGAAGUAUUUCAAUAGAAAAGCAUUUUAUGCAUUAAACACUG